AUGACUAAUUCGGAUGGAAUGACAUCUGUGAGUAAUCAGAGAAAUAAAAUCGUACUGCUUGGUGAGCAGAGUGCCGGAAAGACGUCCAUAGUGACGCGUUUCGUGUAUGAUCACUAUAUACCUGCUUACGCGGCAACUAUCGGGAUAGACUUUUUAAGUAAGGUGGUGACUGUUAACCAGAAGACAAUGCGGCUGCAACUCUGGGAUACCGCAGGCCAAGAGCGCUUCCGCUCUCUAAUGCCCAGUUAUAUUCGCGACUCAUCUUCAGCCAUCGUAGUCUACGACAUUACCAAUCGCGAAUCUUUCGAUCGCACCAGACAAUGGAUCAAAGAUAUUAAAGAUAUGAGAGGAGAUAAAGCUGUAAUAGUUGUUGUUGGCAAUAAAACGGAUUUAUUAGACAAACGUACUGUUUCAUUUGAAGAGGGACAAAGUUUAGCUAAUGAGAUGAAUUGUUUCUUUCGGGAAACAAGUGCUAAGAAUGGAGAUAACGUACAGGAGUUGUUCACUCUCGUUGCUACUGAGCUUUUGAAAACCAUCGAACCAGAACCAGUCAGCGAUAAAUUGGUUGAUAUUGAUUUAAAGCCAUCGGCUCCCAGUGAAAGUACGAGUUGUGCUGGUAGAAGUGCGGCGAGUUUCACAAGUUUAUCAAAAGUUUGUUACCGAAAUUGA